CGGAACGAAAACCCGAGCCCGGAGCCAUCCGAGUCCUCUGUCCGCAUCCGCAUCCGCAUCCGUAUCCGCAUCCGAGUCCGAGUUCCGCCCAUCCAAAAAGCCGGAGUCGCCGCACCCGCAUCCGCCUCUUUCUAAUUUUUUUGUUUCUGUUGUUGUUUACUCUUGGUGGAGCGCUAGCAAAUGUAAAAAACACAAAACAAAAAAAAAAACAAAAAACAAAAAACCGAAGCCAAAAAAGCCGAAAAACCAAAACCGCAGACGAGAGGAAAGAAAAAAAAUCUGUUUGGAAUAUCGAACCGAGGUUGAACCGGGAUAAGGCACGCUCCUCCAAUUACCUGCUCUUACUGACCCACUUGGCCAGUUAGCCCAGAAAAACACAGGAGGAGAAGGACGACGAGACAAAGGACGAGGAGGAGGAGCACCAUCAGCAUCAGCAUCGGAAACAGGAACCUUCACCAUGGGCAAGAAGAACUCCAAGUUGAAGCAGGACACCAUCGAUCGGCUGACAACGGACACAUACUUCACCGAGAAGGAAAUUCGUCAAUGGCACAAGGGCUUUCUCAAAGACUGUCCGAAUGGCUUGCUGACCGAACAAGGCUUCAUCAAAAUCUAUAAGCAAUUCUUCCCCGACGGAGACCCCAGCAAAUUUGCCUCCUUGGUAUUUCGUGUCUUCGAUGAGAAUAAUGAUGGCGCCAUUGAGUUCGAGGAGUUCAUUCGGGCCCUGUCAAUAACAUCACGCGGCAAUCUGGACGAGAAGCUGCACUGGGCCUUCCGUUUGUACGAUGUGGACAACGAUGGCUACAUAACCCGCGAGGAGAUGUACAACAUAGUGGAUGCCAUCUACCAGAUGGUGGGCCAGCAGCAGCAGACGGAGGACGAGAACACGCCGCAGAAGCGGGUGGACAAGAUCUUCGACCAGAUGGACAAGAACCACGACGAUCGCCUGACGCUGGAGGAAUUCCGCGAGGGCAGUAAAGCUGAUCCACGUAUAGUGCAGGCGUUAAGUUUAGGUGGUGAUUAACCGCGGGACCUGUAGUCGUGCGCAGGCGGUGGAGGAGGGGCGGGGAGGGAGCGAUAGUGACAGUGAUAGGUGACGAUGGAUCAACGAUCAGACGGGUCAAAGGUCGCCCUCACAAGCACGCCCACACACACACACACACCCGUGUACCAUAUGCCAUUUGACUUUUUGGGGGGCAGUUCGAUAGCCCCCAACACCCAACCCCCCCCUCCCGCACACAUCCAAACACACCCACACAAAGAACGCUCAUACACACACACACACACAGUGUUUAGCCCAUUGAGAACUCGUCUUAAGUGAAAUUCCAACUAAUAGCAAAUUAUAUACGCAUAUAUAUAUACAUAAUAUUUCAAUUAACAAGAGCCAAGCCGCAUAAAGCUAAAAAAAAAAAAGAAAAUUGUUACAAAAAAUUCGCUAACUAAUUGAAAACAAAAGAACACCAAUUUAAUUCAAGGAAGCGCUUUUUUGAAUAUAUAUAUUUAUGUGUGCGGCUAGUAUGGAUAAAUAUAGGUAUUGAUUAAAAUAAAACAUACUUAAAUUAUCUAUUAGGCACUUGCUCCAUAAUGUUCUUAGGCAUUUUUAUUGAAAUGCUUGCCAAGCAAACGAGAAAUUUAAAUUGACAACUAUUGAUAAGUGCCACCAGCCAAGCGAAAGCGAUGGUCGAUUAAUUAGGCCAGUGAAAAUAGCAAUUUUUUUUUUGCAAAAAACAAAAAUGAGAAUCAAGUGAAGCUACAGCUACUCUACCUAAAAAUAUGAAUAUACAUACAUAAUGCAGCACCGAAUUAGCUGGUACAUAUACCGAUAUUUAUACCGAUACUAUUUCGCUAUUGGCUUAGACGCCCAUCGAUUGUUUUUCUUUUUUUUUGGGUUUUUGCCAGGCCAGCUGCUCUAACUGUUGAUAAUCGAACGUGUUGAUAAUCGAAAUGAAAGUUAAAACUAAGCUAAGGCCCCCACACUCACUAUUUACUCUCUAGCUAACCAGAUAAUCGAUCCUUUAAACUAAAAGUUAUAGAGAUGACAGAAGAGUUGUGGACACACUUGCAUGUGGAUUAUGUAGCGAUAACCAGCAUGCGGCUUAAGGACUCCUCUUGAAUCCCCCGAUUCUUUACUCUCCACUCCUCAUUCUUCCCCAUUGAGCUUGACAAUCAACCUGAUUUUGCUGUGGACCAUGUAAUGGCCCCCCUCAUCUCUUCAUCUUGCUAUGGUACCUUCACUUUUCGGACAAGAGGAGUCCACUCCUAGAUGAAUCUUUGAUAGAACUUUAACCUUUUUCUAUGUGUUUAUUGUGCAUGCCUUACCAGAGCAACGAUAAUAUCAAAUUGUGUGUUUCUACUUGUAUUUGUACUUGUUUUACACCUCACCAGAGCUUGAAAGUAUAUCGUAAUGGGGGAAACCCUCUUCUAAUGCCUUACCAAAAAUAAAAACAGAAACUAUCGCCCUUAUCAUGGACUCACUCUCUAUCUCUCUCUAUCGCUCCAUCUCUCUCUGAUACACAAACAUGAAUUUCUUUUCGGUUCACUUUUUGGUUGGAUGAGCUGUUCCCAUCUUCUGUUGAAAAAGAAGAGCUAUCUAAUCACCAUGCUAAAAUAAUUUCUAUAGUUUAUAUGUGGUUCAGCUUUAGAUCGUUAAAUGAACUUUAUUGUGAGGGAACUUUCUCUGUAGCCCGUUAUCUGAACACUCUUAUAACAACCCAUAUCCAAAUAUCCCUAUCAAUCCUUCGCCCUCAUAAACAUAAAUCCCUUUUUAUAAAGUUGCCUUGUAGUGAACUCCUUAAGUUUGGCUAUAAAUUUUGCUUCCCGCUUAGAAAUCAAAAACCAAAAAGAAUUCGAUAUACUAACAUAGAAUUUUUGCUUUGCCGCUGAGGUUUCAGAUUGGAUCGGCCCUAGAUAAUGCUUGUCUCAUCCUCUCUGACACCGAUAUUCCGAUUCCAAAUCCGAUUCCGAGGUUUCUACCCCUAUUUUUUUUUGAUUGCCCAGCACCCGAUACAUAUUUCUAGUUGUACACUCGUAUUUAAAUAUUCAUAGAUAAAGGCCAAAUAAAUUGAUAUACACACUUUAUAUAUAGGGAGAGAAAUAAAUAUAUAUAUAUAUAUAUACACACACAGAUAUUUAUAAUUAUAUAUACACCUAUUAUUAUAUAGAAAUCCCCAUUUGUAUUUUACUUGUGCAAUUUGCAAAUUGUUUUUGCAUAGAUUUAUUGUUGGAAACGAUUUGACUUUAAGAAGACACCCACACUUACACUGCACACGUUUGCAUGCCUUCCUCGAGAAAGAAAAACAAAAGAAAUCAAGCGAAGCUGAUAAGAUAUCAAUAAAUAUAUAUACGAAACUAUGAAUAUACCUAUACAUAUAUGCAACAGAUACAAAUCAACAGGUCGAUGGAAAACCAAACUAAAACAAACUGCAGCAACAAUCAAUUUUUGCGCUUCUUACACUCAAACUCCAAAUUAUUGUGAAACUCAUGUACUGUACAUACAACGGCGGAAAGUUUGAGAGCCUACCAUAAAAAAAAACCAUCUUAGGCUCUAGGAAAAUCCCAUUUUCACGGCCAGACACUAACACGUAUUGCUAUUAAAGCUAAUAGGAAGCUUAAAGAUAAUCUCGAAAACACUCUUUGUCGACUACUCUAUUGAUAUGUAUUUUUUUUUGGGUAUCUCGUAAGCUACUACAUUGAUAACGUUAACGAUACUGAUAACAGAUGAAAUCCUUACUUUGUGUGCAUUAUAUUCAACAUAAGCAAUACUUAGUUUAGCAUUCGAAUGCAUUAAGCAAUGUUUAUUAACAAUUAAAUCGAUUCUAAACAAAUCCCAAGCGGAAACUCAUUCUCACACUACACACAUUCUACACACACACACAUAACUAACAAGUUUUUGGAAUUAUUGCGAAAAGAAAAACUUAAAGCAAAAGAAA